AUGACGGAACUGAUAGACUCAGGAGUUUUCCUGAUUGCGGAAGAUGUGAAGCUAAUGCGAAAAAUACAAAUGGAUGAAGGUCGGGUAGCACUACAAAGGGAUCUGGACAGGCUGCAAGGUAAACAGGACACGAAGUGGUCCAUGAUGCGCCUGCAGCAGACUGGUCUCUCAACACAGGUGAUGGAGGCUUGGCUGGUCACACAGGUGGUGGAGGCUGUGUUGACCUCAACACAACAUGGCAGCUACUCUGUAAUUUUCAUUACGGACGGUACUACCUCACCCUCCACUAUCUUCAUGAUAAUCAAUCGUCUACAGUUUCCAGGAGGAGCUGGAUUGUUUGAAACAAUAAAUAAUUGCUCAGAUUUCAACACGAUGGACAAGGACCUCUCAUUGCUGGUUGAUAAUGUUAAACUGCUGCGGAAGUUGUCAUCAUACACAACAAUUGUGGUGAUAAGUGACGAGGCAACCUUCCUCGCCGCCUUCGUCAAGUGGUCCGUCAAGGGGCGCCUCAUGGUGUGGUCGACGAGGCUCCUCAUCCUCACUCACUCUCGCCUCAUGGAGCUGCAGGAUCUCCACACAACCUUGUCCAACCUCAACUCUAUGUUGGUUAUUAUCAACAACGACACAACAAACAUUAGGUGCAGUGUUUACGUCCAGCUGCCGUAUAGUCCGCGGGGAUCCCAGGUUGUGCAGGUGGCCUCCUGGACACCUCGUCGUGGCCUCCUCCUCACCUCACACCUCCCACUCUUCCCGGAAAAGUUCUCUAAGUUCCACCACCGGCCGAAUUUGCUGGUGGCGCUCGAGGAGUCUGGCUUCGGUAGGUUAGUGAGGGUAAAUGACCCAGGUUCCGGGGUUCCCAAGGUUCAGUUCCAGGGCACCUUGGUAAAGAUGAUAGACUAUCUCUCUGGUGUACUUAAUUUCACGUAUUCCUUCAUGCGACCUCCUGACAGAGUCUGGGGUGUCAGACUUAGUAAUGGAUCAUGGUCUGGUAUGAUGGGCAUGGUGGUGAGGGAGGAAGUAAGUAUCGGCGCUGGGCCUUUCAUGGUUGAUAGAUGGCGAGCCGAGGUGGUAGAUUUCACUGUACCAAUGGUGUUAGACUACUGGAGGAUCAUGGGAGUUCGAGGUGUUCCUGAGGUAGACCCCUGGGGCUUCCUGUUCCCUCUGGCACCACUGGUGUGGGUAGCCAUUUUAGUAGCCCUGAUGGCGCUUGCUGCUGCAGUGUUCCUCAUGUCUUCCUGCAGCUCUCUCAAGAGUACUGACCCAAACUACUGGUUACAGGUCACCUACAAUUACGUUCGAAUAUUAUUAGGGCAAGACAUGAAUGUUCCUGCGUAUUGGUUGUGGGAGCGGGUGGUGUUGAUGGUGUGGAUGAUAGUGACACUGGUGUUAACACGGAGUUACUCUGGCAACCUCAUGGCUCUCCUGGCAGUGAGACACAUCCCUCAACCUUACCAAACACUACGUGACGUGAUGGACGACCCGUCAGUAAAGCUAAUAUGGGAAAAAGACUCUGCAACUGUCCCAUUUCUAAGAUCAGCGAAGUCUGGUAUAUACCGGGAGAUAGCAGACGCAGAAAAGAUUGGUCGAGUCAUAUUCAGACCACAUCCGCAGUUCCCAGAAGUUAUAGACACCUUGGUUAGACGGGGCGACCACGUCCUCAUUAAUGACGAAUAUGACAUCAAAUCUAAUAUUGCUCAAGACUUCACGAAAGCAGGAAAAUGUUCAUUCUAUGAGUCCAAAGAAGAAUUUCUGCAGAUAAGGCUUGCAAUGAUUAGUCAAAAGGACAGCCCACUUGUGCCAGCAUUAAAUAAGAGGAUGACGUCGAUGACGGAGGCUGGGUUGUUCUUCCAGUGGUUGAUAGCUGAUGAACCCAACUCCACUGUGUGUGAUCAUGUUCCCACCAAGAUCACUGUCAACGAGGCUCUCUCUCUCAGGAACCUCUGGGGAAUGUUUGUUAUCCUCCUGGUGGGUCAUCUUAUCAGUCUCUCUGUACUCUGCCUCGAGCUUCUCAUUCGUCGCGUUCAACACAUUUAG